AUGAAGGCCUUCAGCACCGCAGUCACCGGCAUGGCCCUCAUCUCCGCCGCCAGCGCCAGCACGAUCGUGAGAUGGUUCGGAUGCGCCCCAAACCAAUACCAGCAAACCAUUUCAGACGGCGAAGGCGGCUGCACCAACGUCGGCGGCUUCCUGAGCGACAACCUAUGCAAGGUGGUCAUACCCGCACCAGGAACGGACUACUGCAAGUUUUACUCCACUGCUUGCUACAAUCCGUUUCCUGGCGACGAGUACACAUGCAAGGUUUCAGACGGAGAGUGCGAUGCCUCGGGCUGGAACGCGAUUGCUUCUUAUGAAUGUUGGACUAAGUAA